AUGAGUUUAUGUGGACAUACUAGUGCAGUGGAUUCAGUAGCUUUUGACUCGGCUGAAGUUUUGGUACUUGCUGGAGCUUCUUCGGGUGUGAUAAAGCUGUGGGAUUUAGAAGAAGCAAAGAUGGUUCGAGCUUUUACUGGACAUAGAUCCAAUUGUUCUGCUGUUGAGUUUCAUCCGUUUGGUGAGUUUUUGGCAUCGGGAUCAAGUGACACGAAUCUAAAGAUUUGGGACAUCAGGAAGAAGGGAUGCAUACAGACGUACAAGGGUCAUACUCGUGGAAUCGAGACUAUCAGAUUUACUCCUGAUGGUCGUUGGGUAGUGACUGGAGGACUUGACAAUGUUGUAAAGGUAUGGGAUUUGACUGCUGGAAAGCUUAUACAUGAUUUUAAGUUUCAUGAAGGGCCUAUUCGUUCACUAGACUUCCACCCACUCGAGUUUCUCCUAGCCACAGGUUCUGCUGACAGGACCGUAAAGUUCUGGGAUUUGGAAACGUUUGAAUUGAUUGGAUCUACCCGACCAGAGGCUAGUGGAGUUCGUUCAAUCAAAUUUCAUCCGGAUGGACGAGCCCUUUUUUGUGGUUUAGAUGAGGGCUUAAAGGUUUAUUCAUGGGAACCAGUGGUCUGCCAUGAUAGUGUUGAUAUGGGAUGGUCAACGCUUGGUGACUUAUGCAUCAGCGAAGGGAAGCUCAUGGGUUGUUCAUACUACCAAAAUUCCGUAGGGAUUUGGGUCUCAGAUAUAUCACAAGUUGAACCAUAUGGCGUUGCAUCUGUGGAUAAAAAGGAAUGCGUGGAGAAAAUACUCAGUGUUCUCGACGAUCAGUCUUCCGAGAGAACAAGGAGUGGCCCGAGGGGCAGCUCAUCUCCAGAAUAUGAGACAAAAGAGAUCAAAAACAUAUACAUCGACUGUGGAAAUUCAGCUGUUGCACAUAAGACAGGAUCACUAAGUACUCCUAAAGUCAAUGCAACAUCUACCGGACAAGCAGGGGAUAAGUCUUUAAUAGUGCAUAGUGAUAUUGGGAAAGACUCUUCUGAUUCCGCAAGGGAAUCUAUCACUUUCUCAAAAACGAAGCCGGGCAUGCUGCUGAGACCAGCUCAUGUGAGAAAAACGCCAACAAAGGUUGGUGAAACAAAGCAGUCAGUGGCUGUUCAAUCUGGGACACUGAAACAAAGCGGACCGGAUAGUGAGAAAGAGCUGGAUGCUAAGACUGCAUUUGACUCAGGACAAAGCGGUAGAAAACUAUUUGAUGCCAAUGAUUCUAUCAUCAAGAGUAUAACCAACAAGUUUGAAAAAGCUUCAUUUCUAGAAUCACCAACUGAUGAAGCGAAAUGUAUGCCGCUGAAACCACCUCGUGUACAGAGAUCACCAAUUACUAAGCACAAUGAGGCAGGAUGGGCGGUUUCUGUUGAUUCUGGAACUUUAGACAGUAAAAAGAGUGGUUUAGAGGACUCAAGAGACAUCGACUUGCCGAAAGGGCAUGUGGAUGAGGAUGACAGAGGUAGUAACCCGAGUGAGGAGGAUUUCGAUAACAAGAUCAUUUCAAGCAAGCCAGAAAGAGUUUUGUCAUCAAAGAAAGCUGGUGACGAACCAAAAAGGGACCUAGGGGUUGAAUCCCCAGGAGGUAGCAAAGAUUCAGACUCCGUGAAGGUUGUUAGAGGAGUAAAAGUUGUUUCGGGGAGGACACGGUCAUUGGUUGAAAAGUUUGAGAGAGGAGAAAAAAUUACUCCAUCUGAAGAUAAAGCAGCCAGUGAAACAAUAGUUCAGAGCACUAAUGCAGUUGAGGAAGAGCCCCAGACACCAUCGUUACCAGCAGUUAGCACAACGCCUACCCAGGCAAUGCCAGUUAAACCUGAUCAGGCAACUAACUCGACGACAGUUGAAGCUCCUGUGGUGUCAACACGACGACCUAAACCUGAUCAGGCAACUAACUUGACGGCAGUUGAAGCUCCUGUGGUAUCAACACGACGACCUAGAAGUAUUCCAGCCAGAGUAAUGCCAGUGGUACUCGGUCGGGACGCUAACAUGACAACUGAUGCGCCACCUGUGACAGCAACACGACCUGGUAGCAUUUCAGCUACUGAUUUGACAUCUGAUGAGUCUGGUGUAACAUCAACACGGAAAACUAGGUCUUCUCCAGCCCCCGAUUUGCCUCUGAUACUUAAUCAGACGACAAAAAUGAAAUCUGAUGAGCCUCCUGCAACAUCAACACAACCUGAUAAGACUUCGGCUACUAAUUCGACAUCUGAUGAGUCUCCUGUAACUCCAACACGACAAGCGACUGCUCCAGCCCCAGUAACGCCUUUGAUACUCAAUCGGAGUCGGUCAACUAACAUGAAAUCUGAUGAGCCUCCUGUUAUAGCAAGAAGGCCACUUAGGAGUUCUUCAGCGCGAGGAAUGCCUGUGAUACUCAAUCAAGCCACUAACGCGCAUGAUGAUCGUCCUGUACCAUCAACACGAUCUACUAGGACUUCUCCUGCCCGUGUAAUCUCUAUGAAACUCAGUCAAGCAGAUAAUAUGCCAUCUUAUGAGGCUCCAGUUGCGUUAACACGGGCAGCUAGGAACUCCCCCGCUCGUGUGAUUCCUGUAAGACCCAAUCAAGCAAAUAAUGCGACUUCUGAUGCAUCUCAUAUAAGAUCCAGGCAGCGGUUUAGCCCAACUCAAACGAUGGCAACAGCUGCUGUAAUUGAUCAGGUGACUGAUUUGACACUGGAGGAGGCACAUAUAACACAAACUCAACCAGCUGAUGAUAUCUCAACCAAGAAGGAAGAGCCUCAGAUAUCUGGGAGGGAGAAUGAAAGUGACAUCAGUGAGACUUUAAUGCAAACUCACAAUGAGGUCUUAAACACUCUUCAAUCCAGGUUGACAAAAUUACAGAUUGUAAGACAUUUCUGGGAGCGUAGCGAUGUUAAAGGCGCGAUCAUGGCCUUGAGGAAGCUGUCAGAUCACUCUGUUCAAGCAGAUGUGAUCAGUAUUCUAACGGACAAAACAGAGAUUCUAACAUUGGAUCUGUUUUCCCAAUUAGCACCUGUCCUCACAGGCUUAUUGGGUAGCAGGACUGAAAGGCCUAUACAAGUCUCGUUGGAAAUGCUCUUGAAGCUUGUAUCAGUGUUCGGUACAGUUGUAAAUUCAACUGUUACGGCACGACGAAUUGUUGGUGUUGAUCUUCAUGCAGAAGAAAGGUUACAGAUCUGCCAAAGUUGUUCUGCGGAGUUGCAAAAGGUUCAGAAGAUUCUUCCUCUACUCACACGAAGAGAAGGUCUCAUAGCAAGAAAGGCGCAAGAACUAAACCUAGUUCUUCAGACACCAUAA